AUGGCUGGACCACCAGGAAUGCCCGGAAAUCAAGGUCCUCCAGGACGUCCUGGACCAAAAGCCGGUCUACCAGGAGACGCUGGACCACCUGGCAUGCCAGGACCAGCUGGGAUGCCUGGUCCCCCUGGAAAGGAGGGCAUCAAAGGUCAUGGAAAGCCCGGACCACCUGGACCACCUGGGCCUCAGGGACCUCAAGGAAAUCCUGGGCGUGGUGGAAGUCCAGGGCCUACUGGCGCUCCCGGGGACGCAAAUCAGGGACCAACUGGAGAGGCCUGGUGCGCCAGGAAGCCCGGGAUGCUGACUGGAACUCCUGGUGGAAUUCCCUGGAGCCACCAUGGUGGAUUCAGGAGGCCGUGCUCACUUAAAACGUCCAUGGUCCUCCUCACUUUCAAAGGCCAUAUGAAACCGUGA